AUGAAAGCUUUGUCGCAUCGAAGCACUGAGAGUGACAUCUCCAGCGGGGAUCUUGCCAAGGAUGUGGUGAAACCUCGAAGCGAGUCUUGCUGCAGCGGGAUGGACAAUACAGCCAGGUCCAUGGCCGCAGAGCAGGAGGCAGGCCCCGUCACGCUGGCGGCACCCCGCCGAGCCAACAAGGGCGUGAUGAAUCUAAUGGCCUCAUCAUCGCCUUCGCGGAUUGACGGCAGCACAGACGUGAGCCGCUCGUCACGCAGCAGAAGCAAAAGCGAUGCUUUGCACAAGUGCGACGACGAUGAACUCGUUGACAUGCUCACGCUUCUGGAAGACCCUCUCGGCCUAUCGUUAUUCAGAAGGCACAGCCAAGAGUUCUUUCAAGAGGAAAAUGUCUCCCUCUGGACAGAAAUCAGCGAUUUCAAGACGGGGGAGUACGCAGCCCCGUACAUGGGAACGGCUCUGGAAGUGGGAGAGGGCGACAGCAUCGUAGUCCUUCGUGCGAAGAGGGCGCGAUUGAUUUUCGACACGUACGUCUCGGAACAAGCAGAGCAGCAGGUUAACCUGAGCUCAAGUUUACGUGAAACCGCUCGGCAGGACGUCGAGAAACUAGAGCGCGUUGCAGCAGCACCCAACGAAGAGGACGAAACGAGCAACGCACUAUACCUGCUGGACCACUGCGACGUGUUCGACGAGAUCCAUCAGGAGGUGUUCCGACUGAUGGAAUUCAACCUGUGGACCCCGUUCAAGAUAUCGAGGAGGUAUGAAUUUUUCGCCAGCAAGUACUGGAGCCACCACGCGCGCCGUUGGUCCAACAGCCUUGAACCCUCCCCGACUACCGACGAUGCCCACGAGGACCAUCUACUUUCGGCGUUGUCCGGGCCACCAGGACGACCACCAUCAGCGAUCAUUCGAAGAGAAGAUGCCAUUGCUGACUCGUCCGGCGGUGCUCAACAAGAAGAGCGACAGCAACAUCAAGUGGGGGGCAACAAGGGAAAUAACCACCACCCCAAAGCAAAUGCUAGCUCCAUCGACAGUGCCAACGUAGGUAAAAACAGCCGCAUUGGUGACGCCAUUAGGCCCACCUUACCCACUACAGCGGUACGAAGAGGUGGGGCCAAGGGAGAAGACAAUUCUGGAGCCACCACUUGCGGGAAUGGGCGGUCGUCGAUGCAUUCUCCCUCUAACGUAACGACCACCGGCAUCACCAACAACGGCAGCGACAGUACCAGCACCACCACCACCAGCAACACCGACACCACCACCACCAACAACAACAACAGCGACUCGAAGUAUGGGGGCGACAUGCAGCGGUUCCACGGUGCCCUGAGGAGGUCCUCGGAGAUGGCGUUGAGCGCGGUCGCUUCGUCUGCCGCCGACACUAUCACAGCGUGGUCGGCGUUCGCUCGAAGGAUUCAGCGCAGCCGAGGAAGGUCACUUCUCUCAAAAGAUCACCACGAUAGCACCCAAGCUGCUCUAGGUUGUACCUCCGGCGCUAAGUGCGAUGACGGUCGAAGCAACGGUGUUGUUGCUGUCGGCGCUUGCGCUGGCGUUGGGGCUGACGGCGAUACUGGUGACGGUGGUGGUCAUUAGGCCAGCACCGGGUUGCCUGGCGGGGGUCAAGGGGGUAACCAGCAGUGGCGUUUGCUCCUACGCGUCAGGUGAAGGUGCGGGACUCGGGGCUGAUGACUUGGUAAAGUGGCGCCAGGAGCGAAUGAAAGAGUAUCUAGGAAAGGCCUUGUGUGGACGUUAGUCAAUCGAUGUAGACUAGACUGCUACAUACUACAGUACUUGUUUGAUACGCGCUGGUUUUGGUGCAAGAAAAUAGGCCGUCUUCCUGUCCUAUAUUCCGGGUUGGUCGGGUAGUGUAGCGGCGGCCUU